AUGACAAAUCCAAUCGAAACUGGUGAAAAUGGAAAGGUUGUAGAACGUCGCCGUUACGAUGAAGUUAAAAGAUACGCCAGCGACGACUACGAUUACGAUUACGACAACGACAAGAAAUAUGAUGACUAUAAUAAAUAUGACGACAAGAAAGACUACGAUUACGACCACGACAAGAAAGACUAUGAUUACGACCACGACAAGAAAUAUGACGACUAUGAUAAAUAUGAUGAUAAAAAAGAUUAUAAUAAGAGAGGUUAUAAAUAUGAAGUGAAGAGAGGAGACGACGAUUACGAUUACGACAACGACAAGAAAUAUGAUGACUAUAAUAAAUAUGACGACAAGAAAGACUACGAUUACGACUACGACAAGAAAUACGACGACAAGAAAGACUACGACUACAAAUAUGACGACCAUAAAUAUGACGACAAGAAAGACUAUGAUUACGACUACGACAAGAAAUAUGAUGAUAAGAAAGAUUAUAAUAAGAGAAGCUAUAAAUAUAAAGUGAAGAGAGGAGACUACGAUUACGAUUACGACAACGACAAGAAAUACGACGACCAUAAAUAUGACGACAAGAAAGACUACGAUUACGACUACGACAAGAAAUAUGACUAUAAUAAAUAUGACGACAAGAAAGACUACGACUACAAAUAUGACGACCAUAAAUAUGACGACAAGAAAGACUACAAAUAUGACAACUACAAGCAUUAA